CAAGACUCUAGUACUUGUACUAGUUCAUCUAGUUGUAGUCUCUAUGAAUAGAAUAACAUCUAUAAAAUAUAACCACGAAAAACUACAAGAAGAAGUUUCACCAACACCACCUCCUGGGUUGGCUUAGGGUUGGUUUAGGGUUGUUUCCGCAUGUCGCUGAGGGGAGAUAAUUCGCCGUCAGACGGUGGGGGAGGACCUUGUUCCUAUAAUGAGUUCUUGAGCCCUCCAGCUUCCGGGAACACUACAUCUACAAGAAGAGGAGCCGAGGACCACUUGCCCGAUUUAUCCUCAACACCAGCAGGUCUCGACGCGGCGGGAAGCAAUCUGCGUGCGAUCUACGACUACUAUGAUCGAAAAGUGAAGGCUUUGAGCACGCCAGUUGUAGCAAAGGAGCAAGGCAGAGGUUCUUUGUUUCCGAAUGAGGAUGUUGGAGGUGCUUCGUCGUCGACCAAGCCUCCGCACGCAUUGGAUCUCCCGUCGCGUCGCGGCCGUCCCGGUCGGACAAGUUCCGACUAUUCACAACGCGAGGAUCCUAUCGGAGUGUCUUCCGCAUCAUCGGCGACAAAGAAGUAUCUUCUCGACGCGAGAGGUCCCACGUUGAGCAGCGAAAGAAAGCGUGUGUCGAAAUCUCCGAGAGCCGUUUCGUCGCCUGAAGCCCCAGCUUUCGGCUCGUCCAACGCUGCACGAAUAGCGUCAGGCGGGAGCACAUCUUCACGACCAGGGUCAAAAAACACAACUACAACCGGUGCUGGAGGUGCGCGAGACUUGAGUAAUUCGCGUGGGGGAGGCCCGUCUGCAGGUUCUAGUAGAAGAGGUGCAGGUGGCACAACUACUGGGAUUGCCGUGGUCGUUAAGGCUCACAAUUACAAUCAUUCAUCUCGGCAUCGGCUGGUCCUGGUGCACAUAUUAACUUCUCCAAAAGCGAAACUGGAAAAAAAGCUCAGGCACUGUUGAUCAAUGACUUGUCACGAGCUCGUCCUCUAAUGCAGGUCGUGGCGGAGGAUAUGCAAAUGGCGACGAGGAUGCGGCGUCGCCAAGUAGUGCGUCGCCACCAGGGGGCGGAGCAACUACUGGCCUGUCUCGGUAUCGACCUGGACCACGCACACGUGGAGGUGGAGACGUCGGGAGUGCUGCUGCUAGUCCAGACUUAAGGCUUCCCCUAAUGAUCCAUCUUCAGCAGCAUCCUGCCUGGGGAGGCUUUCCAUGUAUCUCAUCAGGAUGGACCAGCCGCCUGGUGACGGUGAGCUCUUCUUCUAACAGACCAAGACCAAAGACCAAGGGCAGGCGCUCGAUCUUCCAGAGGCGGGGAGCACAUCCUGAAUAGUUCACGCUACGUAAGACGGAAACUGUCCGACGCGGUGGAAGAGGAAUUGCACGAUGCUCUGCAGGAAAUAGGCGAGUUGUGCAAGCAGAUAGAGAAGCUGCGUGCCUCGUUGGAGCGUAAAUUAAGGUUGCUUAGUUUUUCAUUAUCCCGUGUGGACUAAUCGAUCCCGUGUUCUUCGUGUAGUGGACUAUGCUGAGAGGAGUCCCCCUCGAUUUAAAGUAGAAAAUAAGGGUGGAAUAGGGCAACUCACUCAAGUAGGCAUAGUGAAAAACUCGCGCUAAGUAAAAGCGAAGAAGUAGAACGAGCACGAAGGACGGCGAACGUGCUAGAAAGCAAGAAUCGAGCGCUAGAGGCAGAAUUCCACGAAGUGAAAAAUACUGGGAAGAAACAGGUACUUCUUAUUCCCGGUUGUUUGUUGCACCUUCUUCAUCGUGUUCAUUCUUGUCUAACCUUUGGUGCACCUUCCAUGCUACUAGAACAAGAUACUUCUAGCAACAUAUAGACUUCUUAGAAUAUGCAAAUAUAAUCCCUAUCCGUACUAGUUCCUAAAUUCCAAUUCAGGUGGAUAUCUUGAAGGAGGAAGUCUCACGGCUACGCGAGACGGUUGAUGUCGACCGCAGGAAAAUAGGGGAGGCUUUCCUAGGCAAGCUGGAAACGCUCGAGAAGGACAAAGACAAAGCGUAUCUUUCCUCGACUAAAUCUUUUUGAUGGUGAGCAGCUCUAGGUCUAGCUGCAACUACUACUUACACAUUAUAAUAUUAAUAGGUUCCUCAUCUUCUGCAAAAAAUGAUAAACUACAACUUGAACUUGCAAAUCUUUGCCUACAAGUAUGACGCACUUCGACUACAGGACGCGCGAUCUGAAGCAGCAGCUGAUGAUCACGAAAGACGAGGGACGAAAAGCCGCACUCGAAAUCGAUUUUUUGAAGACCUCUUUGGAACAACGCGAAGUCUCGCUAUCGGAGCACUUGAACGCGUUCACCGAGCUCUCGGAUAGUCAUCGCGAACUUGCACAAAAGCUGGACAAAAUUUAAGGACUGAAAUGGAAAUGAGGUUGCAUCUUCAAAGUCUACUAAGUCAUCAUCUACUUCUGCAUCAUCUGUGAGUGUGAGAAGAGGAAAGUACUUCUUUUUAUCCGGAUGUCCCUAGGUCCAGAUGUCCCGAAUCAGCAGGUCCAGUUAGAGCUAGAAGAAAUCCAUCUUCAGCGGCAUCUUCCGUCUUUUUUCCCUUGAGAAACGGGACCAAGAUGCCUGUGAGGAUGGAUUUCUUCUAGCCUUAAUCCAGAUGGAUUCCUAGCAAGGUGUCUAAACAUUGCAGGACGAGUCUUUCGUAGCGGAGAAGGAGCUCUACGACCGGUCACGCGAGAUUCAGACCAAAACAGGGUUUGUAUUGGAAUUGCAGGACCUGUGCAAGAAGCUGCAAACCGAGUUGCGCGAGUCAGUAAAAAAAGCAGAAAAAGUGGAAGCCGAAUUGGAGAAAAAGGAAGAAUUGCUCAAAACAGUGCAGGAAAGGUACACAUUCAUAAUGUCAGCACAGAGUUCUUUCCUCGUUAUUUGUAGGCACUCUGUGCUUGUUCUGCAGCUUUUGUUUCUACGAAAAUUCAAAGUUCUCUGCGACUGAAGCUACCUCCUUUAAUCAUCCAUGGUGAAUUGCGAAUGAAGAAAUGAGAAAUAUGAUUGUUCAAACGGAAUUGGAAUUGGAUAGCUUACUGGCUAACUUUUUGCUACAACUCAUCGAAAAUUAUAUCUCAGACUCAGCGACGCAGAGGCACGACUGAGAAAGGAUAGUGCUUUGGAGCGUGAGCUUUUUGCCUUGAAAGAAGAAGUGCAUCAGUUAACCGUUAGCAAGAGCAGUUUCGCUGGUCAAGUAUCUGACUUGCAGAAGACGGUUCUCGAAAAAGACAAGCGCAUUGAAGGACUGCAAGAGGAGAUGCUGACUGCACGGGCAGAGGCCUCCGUCGAAAAGAAAGAGAAAAUGGAGAAAGAGGUACUUGAGAAUGUUGCUGUGAGAACACGUUGUAUUUGAUGAUUUGAAAUCAAGGUAUGCGACGUCGUGAACAUGAAGACUCGUUCUUGACCAAUUUCUCGAAUAGAUGCGUACCAGUACCUGACAUACUUUAUUUAAGAAUAACGGUAAAACAGUCGUGGUAACGUCGACAGUUUCGGAAUACUGUUCUGGGCAUCUUCAUACCAAUACCAACGCAGUCGUGAUAGAUUUACCCUAGUUGUAUCCCUGCUUAUGCUCCUCUCAUUGUCAUCCACCUACGUACUCGUCGGUUUGCACAUUGUUCAGGCGGAGAUAACGACUUUCCAAAAGGAUAUCCUGGCGCAGUGUAGCGAGAUUGAGCAGUUGAAAGACCUCUAUGAGAGGAGUAAAGUUACGAAAAUGGAAAAGCGAGCCUUGGAGGACCGGUUAUCGGAGUUUCGGUCGAUUCAUUCCCAGCAUCUGAACGAAAUCGACGUGCAAAAACGAGCCAUGGAAGUGUACGGCUAGUUUUUCACUAUCCCAUGUGGACUGUGCUGAGUGAUCCGGUGCGCCCUGAUCUAAAGGGGAAAAUAACGAGGAAAAGGACAAGUAGGCACUCAACUAGGCAUAGUGAAAAACUAGCGUUAAGAAGGCGGUGAUAGCAAGUUGCGAGACGUGCAAAAAAAGCUAGACGAAGUGAGCUCCCAAAAAGCAUCCCAGGAUCAAGAGCUGGAAGCAAAAAACAAAUGGAUUGCUGAGGUACUAUAUAAUAACUAGAAAUUGAAAUUGUUCUGACACAUUGUGAUUCUUGACUGAGCAUUAUCAUCCAGCCGUCUGCCACUUCCUCUUGCAGUUGUACAGUCACUCCUAUUCAAGACCAUGAUCUUGAUCAUCAAGGGACAAUCAUAUGAUUUUCUGAAUCUGAAUUUUUCUGACAUCAAGGCACGCGUGAAGCUGGUGAACUACGAUAUGCUUGAGCAGGGAGUUCGAAGCAAGGACGCGGAGUUGCAACGGUAUGCACACGACGUAGAAACGUUGCAUGCGCAAACGCGAUCACUGCAGUCUCAAAGUGUUCAGAGAGAGAUCGAACUGCAGCAGACGGCCGUUCUUAGAGCUAAUCUGGAACGCUGCACGCGACUCCUGCAGGAUGCCGAAGUUGAGAUGGCGACUUUGCGCGAGGCGCAUGCUCGUGAGAUUCGCGAUAUUGUGAAGAGAAAGAUGGGAGUCAACGGCGUGGCCCACAAUUACUUGAACAACAUUAUGGCUCAAAAGAACCUCACUCCCCGUGAAUCCCGUUAGAAUACUGCUCUGGCAGUUACUGGAGGAGUCUCGGGCUGUACUGGCUCCAGUAUUUUAACAAAAUUCGUCUACAGCUAGUAGUUGAGUAGUUGAGGGUAGCUCUAACAUCAGUCUCUGGGAGAUCGACCAGGCUGCUUACACCGGUGGUUUGGUCCCAAGUAGUGCGGUUGCAUCGGCUGCCCCCGCGUCGAUCCUGACGCCACGUGGCAGAGUACUUGCUCCCUCCGGCGCAUCGCAUGUGCUAGAUCCGCGCUCUGCGCCAGUAGGUGGAGGUGCGACAAGCAGCUCAGGCGGAGGAUACAUGACGCUAAUGGGUGCGGCUUUGGCGAGCAGGACAGCCAACUCCUCAAAAAACAGUAAUUCCGCGAACAUGGCGUUAGGUGGACCGGCCGCAUCUAGUCGCACGGGUCCGCCUUACAGGGUCGCUCCGAGCAGCCCACGAUCGUAUGGCAAUGGAUGUUACUAGUUUUUGCCUUCUUGUACUUUUUCCAGCUGGUUUCUUUUUUGAAGGCCUAGAGUAGAAGAAUUAUGCCUACUUCUAGGAGAGAUGAAAGAAAUUUGAACCACAUGAGACACCACCUUUUUAGUAGGUAACUUCCUAAACUUUACUUCAGAACUUGUAGAUUUUUCAGACGAUCUUCCAUCAUGUCAUGCUAUCGGGAAUCCGAAUGUAAUUCGCGAGUACCUGGGAGAACGACAGCCGUCGAUCGCGCAGCAAUUUGCAGAUAGCUACUUUGGCGGCCCCAUGUCGAGUUACGUGCAAGUUCAGCCCGAUCGUUUACUGCAGCCUUCGUCUCACGUGCAACAUUCGGUCUCUUCUGCGGGGUUGAGGGAGCCAGCGGCAGUAGGACAACGAACUCCUGUACUACUUUCGCCUCGCAGUGCAGCAGGUGCAGGCGGUCCGCUUCUUUCCCCACGAGGAUAUAAUGGAACUGGGGAUGUACUAGGAUUGUAUCCUAAUUAUACUGCUACAACUGGAGGCGCAGCUGCUGCAGGUACGAGCAUGAACAACAAGCCUACGUCUCCACCGAACUCAGCGCGUUCGGCUUCGGCACCUGCACAGAGGAGCGGGAUGUUUGCCCUAACGCCUGACGAGAUAGGGAAACUGCGGGCACAGCAAAAAAUGAACUCCCGCAUGAUACGAGGUGGACCGGCAACUCUCAACACACAAUAGUCGUGUUUUUCUGAACUAGCUGAGCACCAGGCUUGUCCCCACGAUAGAGUAUAAGACAGUUUUGUGAACUCCACUCCUUUUACUUAUAAGUUUAUAAUCCAAUUACUUUUGUUCGACCAUCAUGAUGCACGCAGACGCACCAGAAAGAACCUGAUAGACGGCUAUACAAAUUCGCCCUUGAUGAUUUUGUCUUUUUGUGAUUGAGAAUUCAUUGACAAAAGCUCUUUCAUCGAGGACACGCGCAGAAGUUCGUCCACUGUACUACGUAUUAUAACUACAUAACAUGAAAAGGAAAAUGAAUAUAAGAAUAUCAUACUCAGCGCAAGGAGCUAGCAGUGAGAAG